AUGGAUUCUACUCACAAAACCCUGCCUACUUUCACAAUCUUCCGAGGCUCCAAGAAUCCAGGAGCUUAUGUCUGGUCACCUUUUGUAACCAAACUCGAAACCCGACUGCGAUUUGCUGGCCUUCCGUACCGCACCGAUGCAGGAUCACCAAAAUCCGCUCCUAGAGGCAAGAUUCCCUACAUGACCAUUUCGGAGCCCAAUACCAACGCGCCGACCGCGAGUCUCGCAGACUCCGGAAUCAUUAUUGAAAACCUCAAGGAGAAUGGGUUUCUGGAUGAUCUGAAUGCUGGACUCUCGCCCAGCAGAAAGCGCAUGAUAUGGCGUUGA